AUGGCGGUGGUGACCAGAGGUUCUCUUUUCUGUGUCACAGAUUUAGAACCCCAGAGUAUCAACUGGCAGAUGACCUCCAACCGGCGGGCGCAUCACACAGACAAGUUCUCCAGCCAGAACGUCAUCCUGCGGAGGGGCCAGCCCUUUGAUAUGUUGCUAGCCUUCAACCGCCGCCUUGGCUCUGGAGAGAGUCUAGAGUUCACAGCCUCCACAGGGCCUUACCCGUCAGAGUCCACAGGGACCAAGGCUGUGUUUCCGCUCUCCAAUGGGACCAACAAAGAUGGCUGGAGCGCGGUGCUCAAGGGCAGCAGUGACAAUAUUCUGACCAUCACCUUGUCCAGCCCGGCCAGUGCGCCCAUAGGGUGGUACACGCUGAACGUGCAGAUCUCCUCCCUGGGGACCGUCUCUUCCCUGAAACUCGGGACCUUCAUACUGCUCUUUAACCCCUGGCUGCAAGCGGAUGAUGUCUUUCUGAGUAACCAUGCUGAGAGACAAGAGUAUGUGGAGGAAGAUGCUGGCAUCAUCUAUGUGGGAAGCACAAACCGAAUUGGCAUGGUUGGCUGGAACUUUGGACAGUUUGAAGAAGACAUUCUGAACAUUUGCCUCUCCAUCUUGGAUAAGAGUCUGAAUUUCCACCGCGACCCUGCCACUGAUGUGGCCCUCAGAAAGGACCCCAAGUAUGUCAGCCGCGUGUUGAGUGCCAUGAUCAAUAGCAAUGAUGACAACGGCGUGAUUGCUGGGAACUGGAGCGGCGAUUACACAGAUGGCCGGGACCCAAGGAACUGGAAUGGCAGCGUGGAGAUCCUCAAGGAGUGGAAAAAGUCUGGCUACAAGCCAGUCCGAUUUGGCCAGUGCUGGGUCUUUGCUGGGGCCCUCAACACAGUGCUGCGGUGUUUGGGGAUUCCCUCCCGGGUGAUCACCAACUUCAACUCAGCCCACGACACAAACCGAAACCUCAGCGUGGAUGUGUACUACGACCCCAUGGGAAACCCCCUGACCAGAGGCAGUGACAGCGUGUGGAACUUCCACGUCUGGAACGAAGGCUGGUUUGUGCGGACGGACCUGGGCACCCAGUACGAUGGAUGGCAGGUGCUGGACGCCACUCCCCAGGAGAGGAGCCAAGGGGUCUUCCAGUGUGGCCCCUCCUCGGUGCACGCCGUCCGAGAGGGGGACGUGGACCUGGACUUCGACAUGUCCUUUGUCUUCGCGGAGGUGAACGCGGACCGCAUCACCUGGAUCUAUGACACCGCCAGCAGCAGCCAGAAGCAAAACUCCCUGGACACUCGCUCCAUCGGCAGGUACAUCAGCACCAAGGCGGUGGGCAGCAACUCCCGCGUGGACAUCACGGACAAGUACAAGUACCCAGAAGGUUCCAGUGAGGAAAGACGAGUGUUCCAGAAAGCUCUGAGGAAACUCAAGCCCCACGCGGCAUUUAGCCCCACAUCAGCAAGGGAUUUGGUUGAAGAGGAGCGGUCACCCAGCAUCUCUGGCAGGUUCAAGAUCACCGGCGUCCUGGCAGUGGGCAAAGAGGUCAGCCUGGCCCUGCUGCUCAAGAACUUGACCAGGGAGAAGAAGACAGUGACCGUGAACAUGACGGCGUGGACCAUCGUCUACAAUGGCACGCUGGUGCACGAGGUGUGGAAGGACUCCUUCACCGUGGACCUGGACCCCGAAGCAGAAACUCAGCAUCCCGUGACGAUCUCCUAUGCUCAGUAUGAUAAAUUCCUCAAGUCGGACAACAUGAUCCGGACCACUGCCAUCUGCAAGGUCCCCGAGGAAGCCGAGGUGGUGGUGGCGCGGGACGUCAUCCUGGACAACCCCACCCUGACCCUGGAGGUGCUGGACCAGGCUCAGGUGCAGAAGCCCGUGAACGUGCAGAUGCUCUUCUCCAACCCCCUGGACGAGCCCGUGAAGGACUGCGUGCUGAUGGUGGAGGGCAGUGGCCUGCUGCGUGGCAACCUCAAGAUCGAGGUGCCUGCGCUGCGCCCCAAGGAGCGGUCCCGGAUCCGUUUCGAGAUCCUGCCCACUCGGAGCGGCACCAAGCAGCUGCUCGCCGACUUCUCCUGCAACAAGUUCCCGGCAAUCAAGGCCAUGCUGUCCAUUGACGUGGCCGAGUGA